AGACAAACGGUCAGCCAUGAUACGAAACGCUUUGCAACGAUUCGCACGGAGGCUGAAUUACGCCCACGACCGGACCUUCUGUACGAGCAGUUCCAACGUCGACGUAAUCUUUCGGAAAGCCACGAUCAAUGACUACGAGGGCGUGAUGGACAUCAACCAUCAUGUGCUGCGUGGACGAGACUAUCUUCCAGCAGGAUACCACAGCACAGUUACAGACCCAAACCUAUCAGCUCUUCUUGGUGAAGUCGACAACCGGAUCAUUGCCUUCGUGUGCGGAAGACUCGUGGAUGGCUGUAGAACAGUGCUGUUCAUGUUCGGACGUACACACGCAACCUUCAGAGGUCAGGGUGUGAUGGGCCGACUGUUACAUUACCUGAGGUCAAGUUAUUCCGGCAAUAACAACAUCCUGUAUGAAAUGUUUCUGACAGAAUACGGGCAUCCCAUGCUCUCCCACCCAUACUCACAGGGGUUCUCGCGGGUUCUGAAGAGGCCUGUCCAUUGUUUUCCUUUUCACAUGAACGACCUUCACCUUAAUCAGGUGCCUCUUAAUGGCGUCCAGUUUUCGAUUCCUACACAACAAGAUUUGGAAAGACUUAUGUCUGACAAACAAACACAUGGCUACCUCUUUCCAGGAGAUCGACUUAUUGUGAACAGGAUUCCGUUGAGAGCUCAUCCUCAAAACAUUCCUCUGAUGUUCGCAGUCGAGGCUUGUUUUCACACUGGCGAAUCCCCACGAGAGUGUCUUUCAUUUGGCAAAAGCUACUGGUGUAAACUCGGCCUUGCUUAUAAUAUUGACAUCUACGGAGACGACCCUGUAGGCCUUAGAGCCCAUGUAUACAAGCACCUGCAAGAGAUAGCGAAUAUUGCACAGAUACGCCGAGAAAUGUACAGACGUGAGGAUGGAAGUCGAAGAGAGGAGCACGAUGAAGCUGAUGAGAGAGUCCACCUCCUUAUCUUUGGGUCGGAGUCUGUGGACAUGAGCAUUGUUUAUGACGCCCUGAGUUCAUUAGGCAUCAACAAUGCGGAAUGGCCAGACAAGGCACAGGUCGUCAUUGAAGGAGACUUCAGAGUAGAGUAGUACAGACUGACCAGACAAGGCUUGAACCAGAAAGUCCUCUGUCAGCUUAAAAACAAGGUUUUAUGUUCUUCUGGUUCAAUAACGGGAUUGGCCAAUCUGAGCCAUUGUGUCAAUCACAUAUACUCAGAGCUUUUUCAGUCCAUUGUGGGCAUUUAUGAAGAUAUCCAAUAGUAUUUUGUGAACAAAAUAUUGUGACGGUUUGA